CCUCCCCAGCCCAACUAAACAAGGGUUGGGUUGUUUAUUUGAUGUUUUUUUUUGCUCGAAUCGUUUCUUCCACAAUUCCCCCCUGAUGCAAUUUUGAAGAAUGCUUCUGGAUUUUCUGCUCUCGUAUAUUGAUUAGGAUUUAUUUCGUGAGUCCUAAAACCUCAGUUUCUGCCGAUCAUAAAUCACUCAACUUGCUAUAAGCUAGUAACCCGUUUAUACCCCUAGCCCAACUAAAGAAGGGCGGGAGACUUCUUCUACACGUUUCGAGCGCACAGCCCUCCCCUCUCUUGAACUUCUCUUCCGCUCACUAUCUCUCUCUCGCACGCCGGCCACGGCGUAGCUUGCCGUCGACAAGUCCAAAACCCCUCUCUUCCUCUCCUUCAGUCGACGCCACCACCCAGCCACCCUUGCGCCGCUUGACUCGCCGGACGACGACCAAAUCGCCACUACUUGUCUUGUCUCAUAUUUGUCUUGUACCGCAGCUGUGAACACCACGUGGCUCCGCCGUUCGCGCUAAAUUUUGGCUUUGGGCUUAUGGAAUACUUACUAAAAUGGCUGGUGGAGGAAUGAUCGGGCAGUUACUAAGGAGGAAGCUUAAGACCCAGUCUACCUCCUUUGGAGCACUUGCUUUUCUUGGAGAUGGCGUGCCAGAACAUUUGAGCUUUGCAACAGCAGCAUCCUGCUAUGAGGCUGAUCAUGGGUUACAGUGUCCAAGCUACAUCUGGUCUCGCAAUGGUAAUCUCAGUUCACAUGUUCAUGCAUCGUUGACAUCCAACUUUCUACUGCAGUCAACUUAUAGUUUAAGUCGAACUUGUAAUGUUUAUAAAAGAGGUACUGGUUUAGAUGUAUGUGAAUUAAAAAUGGGACGCGGCUUUCAUUCACAGUCAUUUCAAAAGCAUUGGUUUUCACCCCUUUCUACUCGUUAUAUUGGGAGGUAUUCUUCCUUGCACAAUAUUCAGCGCAGCUACUCUACAGCUGCUAUUGAACGGAAGUCCAAAAAUAUGCUUUUCUACCUUGUAGCAUUGGUUCUUACCAUGGUAGGAUGUAGUUAUGCGGCUGUUCCUCUUUAUAGGAGGUUCUGCCAAGCUACUGGUUAUGGGGGCACUGUUCAGCGCCGUGAGAGUGUUGAAGAAAAAAUUGCUCGCCAUGCUAAAGAUGGAACAGUAACUACAAGGGAUAUUGUUGUCCAGUUUAAUGCUGACGUAGCUGAUGGAAUGCCUUGGAAGUUUAUUCCAACACAGAGAGAGGUAAGGGUAAAACCUGGAGAAAGUGCACUUGCAUUCUAUACUGCUGAAAAUAGAAGUUCAACUCCAAUUACUGGUGUGUCUACGUACAAUGUUACACCUAUGAAGGCCGCAAUCUACUUCAAUAAAAUACAAUGCUUUUGCUUUGAAGAGCAACGUCUCCUUCCCGGGGAGCAGAUCGACAUGCCUGUGUUCUUCUAUAUUGAUCCUGAGUUUGAAACUGACCCAAAAAUGGACGGCAUCAACAAUUUGAUUCUAUCAUACACUUUUUUCAAAGUCUCAGAAGAAUAGGUGAAUGAACACCGAACAGGGGUUUAGAUAUCCAAUUUUUUGCCAUUGAUAGAGAAUUGUCCAAGAAAGAAAAUCGUUAUUGAGAUUCUAUCAUAUGCCAUUACUUCAGAUCAUGGAAAUAAUAGAAAUUCGAGAUUGAGAUAAUUUGAGGGACUGAUGAUUGAUUAUUGUCCAAUGCACCACAUUUUCAUGAAGUAAUUAUCAUAAUAAUUUGAAAGUGGAAAUUGUCAA